AUGUCUUCGAAAGAAUUAUCCAAUGAAGAGAGCGUGGCAAAGAAACCAAAUUCGAAUAGUGAACCAGAAGAGAAAGAAGAUGAAAAUGGGCCGGGAGAAACUGAUUUGGUGAUGAGAGAUGGAUUUCCAGCUCUGCGGAUACCUGGGACGAAGUGGAAGCCUAUGGUGGAUGGAGAAGAGCCAAUACCUCGCCACCAAUUUUGGGCCGGGGACGAUGUUAUUCAAUUCAACCCCAUUCAUUUGGAAACAAUCAGAGAAGACUGUAAGACGGUGUUUACAGCAAGAGAUAAGCCGGAUGGGCAAGCAUAUUCUGCUGGGCAGACUUUCUUUUUACCUGCCAAGAUGAAGCCAAGGUGUGCGUUGGAGGGGCUUGUGAAAGAAAUAUUUAACAAGCACACUGCUCAUCUCGAAAAAGGAACAUUCAGCUUUGAGCAUUCUGGAGCAGAAUGGUGGACUCUUGUUAUGGAUUCUGAAAAGGAUGAAAAGCCUCAAUCGACAGGGGAUGAUGGCGAGGACGAGGAUGAAGAAGACGAAGUUGGACUGCACUUUGAUGCAGACUACGAGCUUGAAGAACAGGCCUCAAAUAUACUACUACACCCGAGAUUGGCAACGGUUACCUAUAUUUCGAACUAUGGGGCUCCGACAGUCGUCCUUUCACAGAGGAGUCCACCGAUAGAUGAUGUCAAGAAAACGACACUGGAAAAGGGCAUUGAAAAGGCUUGGCUUUCGCAUCCAAAGGUUGGGAAACACAUCGCGUUUGAUGGACGACUCCUUCAUGGAGCUCCUGCACUUUACUUUCCAAGCCGAAAGCAUUCGGAGGGCGACGAACCAAAGGCAAAGCGACAAAAGGUGGAAACUGUGCGAUACACCCUGCUGGUCAACAUUUGGCUGAAUCAUUGGGUUUUGGAUGCAGCUUUACUCGACGAGGAGGUUUGCUCGCAACUGAAGACACCAUGGGAAGAAACAGGGGGGAACCUGAAGGGUGAUGAUACUUAUAAACCACCAUUCGUUUGGAACAACGUUGACCUCGGGCAAGCACCAACCAUCGAAAAGCAAAAGCUUGCUCCUUCAACCGUGGAUCCGGCAGGAGAAGAUGAAAUCGCACUAUGCAAUUACAAUGUUACUGUCAAGUACAACCCAGCAAUGGCAGAGUGUCAUGUCGCUUCUGCAUUGGCGCCUACAUCCGAGCUUGAAUUGGCAAAGGGGACAAUUACAUUGCACGUUGGAGAGGAACUACCAUCAGACGAUGAAGGGGAUGAGUAG